UCUCUCCUCUCAUUCCACUCAUCAUUCCUCAGCUUUCUCUGAAUUCCACAUGACCACCAAGCCCAAGGGCAAUGCCUUGCAGGGCUUGAAGCCCGUGAUUCUUAUGGUCAUGGUUCAGAUUGCAUUCGCCGGUGUCAACAUCCUCUACAAGCUCGCCGUUAACGAUGGCAUGAGUCUCAGAGUCACUGUCGCCUACCGCUUCAUUUUCGCUACUGCUUUCAUUGCUCCCUGUGCUCUCUUUUUCGAAAGGAAGAAGAGGGCGAAACUGACAUGGAUGGUACUAUUUCAAUCAUUUCUAUGCGGCUUAUUUGGAGGAGCAUUAGCUCAGAAUUUCUACCUGGAGGCUCUGGCUUUAACUUCUGCAACGUUUGCAUCCGCCAUGGCCAACCUCAUACCUGCUAUUACCUUUGUGAUGGCCGUUUGCAUAGGUUUGGAAAGAUUGAAUUUGGGAUCAGCAGCAGGGAAGGCGAAGAUAAUCGGAACAAUGGCCGGAAUUGCAGGAGCAAUGGUGCUGACUUUCGUGAAAGGCCCGGAAAUCCAGAUUGCAUCGCAUGUUAACCUUAUGAAUCACAGAAACAAUAGUUCUAUGGCGGCUCAUGGCGGCGGUGGUAGGACGGUGUUGGGAUCUGUGUGCGCGUUGGCGAGCGGGAUCUCUUACGCACUGUGGCUCAUCAUACAGACAAAGAUGAGUGAGAGGUAUCCAAGCUAUUACUCCAGCACUGCGCUCAUGUCUCUCUGGGCGGCGCUCUUGUCCACGGCGUUCGCUCUUUCCGUCGAGAACGAUUGGAGUCAGUGGAGGCUUGGUUGGAACAUUAGGCUUCUGACGGUUGCUUAUUCCGGCAUGGUUGUUUCUGGAAUGAUGGUGGCUGUGAUCUCCUGGUGCGUCCGCAAGAGAGGGCCCUUGUUCGCCUCUGUUUUCAGCCCUCUCUUGCUCGUCAUUGUCGCCGUGGCUAGCUCCACCGUCUUGAACGAGAAGCUGUACCUUGGAAGCUUCAUCGGAGCGGUGUUGAUUGUGUGUGGGUUAUACGCUGUUCUUUGGGGGAAAAGCAGAGAGAGGAAGAAGAUGAAGAAUAUGAGUCAAUUACCACAAUGCCCUCAUGACGAUGAUGAUGACACUCUACAAGUAAUUGUGACCAGGUCUAAUUCUAAAGUAGGAGAAGAUCGUAAAAGCAACAACAAUGGACACGUGGACGAUAACCAAGGUUCAAUAGAUCAUGGUAAUAAUAAUAAGGGAAUAACAAGAGAUCAAGAACAAGAAGAAGAAAAACAAAAUGAUGAAGAGGGAAUUUCUCCCAAUGCAGAAGACAUUAUCCCUAGUGUAGUAAUAUAAAUUAGAUCAUCAAUAUUGUAGAUAGCUUGCCAUGCUUUUAAUUUAAUUAAGGGUUUAGUAA